GUAACGUCCAGCGUUUGUCCGUGGUGACCAAAGCCACGUAAUGUCCGUAGUUCGCUCAUCCGUCCAUGCCAAAUGGAUUGUGGGGAAGGUGAUUGGGACAAAAAUGCAAAAGACUGCUAAAGUGAGAGUGACCAGGCUUGUUCUGGAUCCCUAUUUAUUAAAGUAUUUUAAUAAGCGGAAAACCUACUUUGCUCACGAUGCCCUUCAGCAGUGCACAGUUGGGGAUAUUGUGCUUCUCAGAGCUUUACCUGUUCCACGAGCAAAGCAUGUGAAACAUGAACUGGCUGAGAUCGUUUUCAAAGUUGGAAAAGUCAUAGAUCCAGUGACAGGAAAGCCCUGUGCUGGAACUACCUACCUGGAGAGUCCGUUGAGUUCGGAAACCACCCAGCUAAGCAAAAAUCUGGAAGAACUCAAUAUCUCUUCAGCACAGUGAAGCGGGAGUGGAAGAAGGAUCUAAAGGGAAAAACUGACAUGUUUAUGUUAUGGAAAAAGAAAUUUUUGUAAGUUUCAUCACAAACUGUGUCCAGUUUCUCUGUGGUGUUCAUGAAAUAGCUAAAAGCAAAUGAAGUAAAGGGCAUACUAUGGUUUUUCACAAAGGUUUAUGGUCGUGUUUCAAAUUUUCAUCAUUUCAGUGAACAUACUUCCACGUUACAUUAAGUGUGCCUAGCAGUCUGUUGCAUUUUGUAAGCUCACUGAUUUUUGUUUUGUUUUGUUUUGUUUUUUGUUUUGAGAUGGAAUCUCACUCUGUCACCCAGGCUGGAGUGCAGUGGUGCAAUCUUGGCUCACUGCAAGCUCCGCCUCCCGGGUUCACGCCAUUCUCCUGCCUCAGCCUCCCGAGUAGCUGGGACUACAGGCGCCUGCCACCAUGCCCAGCUAAUUUUUUUUUUUUUUUUUUUGGUAUUUUUAGUAGAGACGGGGUUUCACCGUGUUAGCCAGGAUGGUCUUGAUUUCCUGACCUCGUGAUCUGCCUGCCUUGGCCUCUCAGAGUGCUGGGAUUACAGGCGUGAGCCACUGUGCUUAGCAAGCUCACUGUUUUAGAAGGUUUUAUUUUUGUCUUUUGAGACAGGGUCUUGCUUUGUUGCCGGGGCUGGAGUGCAGUGGUAUGAUCUUGGCUCACUGCAGCCUUGACCUCCCUGGCUCCAGCAUCUUUCCACCCCAGCCUUCUGAGUAGCUGGGAACACAGGAGCAUACCACUACACUUGGCUGAUUUUUUGUAAAUUUUGUAGAGACAGGGUCUCCCUGUGUUGCCCAGGUUGGUCUCGGACUCCUGGGAGCAAUCUGCCCAUCUUGGCCUAACAAAGUGCUGUGAUUACAGGCCUGAGCCACUGUGCCCAGCCGGUUUCCUUUUUUUCAUUCAAAGGAAUUUUGAAUUUAUCUUAGAACCUUUAUUUUGAAGGAAGAAAGUCUUUUUUUUUUUUGAGCUGGAGUUUCACUCUUGUUGCCCAGGCUGGAGUGCAAUGGCAUGAUCUCAGCCCACCACAACCUCCGCCUCCCAGAUUCAAGUGAUUCUGCUUCAGCCUCCUGAGUAGCUAGGAUUACAGGCAUGUGCCACCACACCCAGCUAAUUUUGUAUUUUCAGUAGGGAUGGGGUUUCUCCAUGUUUGUCAGGCUAGUCUUGAACUCCGGACCUCAGGUGAUCCGCCCGCCUGGGCCUCUCAAAGUGCUUGGAUUACAGGCAUGAGCCACUGCAUGUAAUGACCAGCCACUGGUCAGAAUUCUUUCAAUCAAGCUGUGUUAAGAAUAUUGAUGUGUGGAAAAUAAAAUUUUACAAUUCUG